AUGGGAUAUCUUUUCUCCCGGUUUGGAUAUGUUCAAUAUAUCUCUAUACCCGUUCGCCUGACCUGUUCGGAACUGACCUGGUUGACCUGGUUGACCUGGGUCAACGGGUUUCGCCAUGGGAUGGCGACCUCCCUCGCCGAUGGCGAACGGCCUCGUUCUCAGGGGAAGAACGGCGUGGUGACCCCUUUCAGCUGGAUGGAAAGGCUGUGGGUCGCGCUGGACGCGGCCUGUGGGCUGUCGCACAUGCACAACAGCACUCCUAAGGCCUUUCAUCGAGACAUCAAGUCAGCGAACAUCCUCCUCGAUAGGAGCGGUACCGCCAAGAUGGCGGACUUCGGCUUGUCGGGCAUCGCCAAGAACAAGAACAAGCUGAACAUGACCUGUGAGCAAAUCAGCGGAACGCCGGGCUAUGCAUGUCCACAUUACAUCAAGACGGGGAAGGUGACCGAGGCCACGGAGGUCUACGCCUAUGGCAUGGUAGUCAUGGAGAUGCUUCUGAAUACCAUGCCCGCAUGUAUGGGCCAGAAUGGCACCAUCAUGUACCCGAUCUUCCAGAUCGUGAUGCCACAGGCAGAGGGCGCGCUGCAGCGGGCCGUCGGCGCGGCGGACGCCAAAGCCGAGUGGCCGCCCCAAGUGGCUCGGGACGUGGCGGAGCUCUCGUUGGUUUGCUCGUCGCAUGAGGAGAAUGGUGGCAGUGGGUGUCCGGUGAAGGAAUUUCCGAUGACGUCCUUGCUGCAUUACUACCGCGUGGCGGACCUCCACCUGAACCCCACGCUGCAAAAGAAGGCGGCGGAAGUGGACUGCAAGAUGGUCAACAGCGAGAUCUGCUACAACAUCCAGGCCAGCUCCAGCUUGGAUGGCGAAGAGAUUAAGAAGCUGGAGUAUUUGUUGCGGGAGACCUUCGAACCGGAGAAGUUUGGACAGAAGAGCUUACUCUCCGGGUCUGUGGUGGAGGUUGGCCCCCGGCAGCAGUUCACCAGCGCCUGGUCCACGAACGCCGUGUCCAUUUGCCACUCCAUUGCGCUGCCCAAAAUCGUGCGCAUUGAGAAGUCUCGGCGAUACCAGGUGGGGCCGGUGACCGGCAAAGUCAAGUCAUAUCACCUGAAGCGUAUCCGCCACGAAUGGGCGGAGGCUUUGGGCUGCCUGAGGGAGAUCAUGCGAAGUCUGGCCCGGAUUCUGAGGGCUCCCCAGACUUGA